GUACUCAUUUAGGACGCACUGACGUUCUGAAGUCGAGCGGAUUUUCUAUAAAUAAACCUCAGAUCUUAUCAAACAUUAGAUUCAGUUCAUGAUAUAUGUUAUUGUUGGUGGUGGAAUCGCCGGUGUUAGUUGUGUCAGGAGGCUUUUGGUCUCGCUCGAUGAUACUGACGACAAUAUUGUUCUAGUAUCUGCUGGUAAACGGGUGAAAACCGUGCAUAAUUGGACCAAAGUUGGACAAUACACCGAACAGUUUGAUGUGAGUGAAGAUGAAACCGUUUCAGAUGACCCUCGCCUCAGCCAUAUACAAGCUGAAGUAGUCGGUUGGAGUCAUGAGAAGAAGGAACUAUACUUGGACAACCAAAAGGAACCUCUGAAGUACGAUCGGUUAUGCAUUGCUACAGGAGCUAAUGCAAUUUCGCCGUUCUCUAAUAAAAAAGUAGUAACUAUCCGAGAUACCGAAUCUGCAGAGCAACUCCAAAAACGCCUAAAAGGUGCAAAGCAUGUUGCUGUAGUAGGAAAUGGUGGAAUCGCCACUGAAGUUGUAUUUGAAAUGGUGGGAGUCGCGAUUACAUGGAUCAUUCGCGAUAAUACCAUAUCUUCUGUGUUCUUCACCCCAAAAUUUUCGGAAUUUUUCAGAAAAAGAAUGGCUGAAGGCCGUCUUGCGGGGGCGAAGAACGCUGGUAUACUGCGUCGAUUGAGGUACUCCCUGGACAAUAAAAGUGCCGGUGAUGCUGUUGCCCACAGUGUAGCUGGUUCGGCUCUUGGCCCGGACUGGAUAUCUUCCUUAUCGUUCGAAAAGAAUGCUGACCGAUCUGUCAAGGUAAUUCCUCAUGCUGAGGUUUGCGACGUUACCGAUGAAAACGAUGGUUUGAAAUUGAGUCUAACAAACGGCGAAAGUGUUUUGUGUGAUUUUGCAAUAUGGGCCACUGGAGUGAUUCCAUCUACGAGCAUUUGGAAGGAGAAUUGUCCUGAGCUGGAAAUCUCUUCCGUUGAUGGCGGAAUCAUUGUUGAUGAUGUACUAAGAACAUCUAUACCAGAUGUAUACGCUUGUGGAGAUGUUUGUACUCCAGUGCUGAGCAAACCUUCGCCAUAUUGGAAGCAGAUCCGUUUAUGGACUCAAGCUCGUCAAAUGGGUGACUUCUGUGCGCGGUCAAUGUUAGCAAAUGGAGCUGUGGAAGUCGACUUUAGUUUCGAGCUUUUCACUCAUACGACCACCUUUUUCGGAUAUAAGAUUGUCUUUCUGGGUGACUUCAAAGGCGAACGACAACCGCAGGGGUGGUAUACAAUAGAAAGGGUUGUUGGAGAUGAUCAAUUUGUCCAAUGUAUAAUGUUCGAACAUCGGGUAGUUGGUGCUAUACUAGUCGGUGAAACUGAUUUGGAGGAAACCAUAGAAAAUCUAAUCCUGAACAAAAUAAAUCUGGAAGGAAUUGAAGAAGAUUUUCUGGAUCCAAAUAUCGAUAUAGAAGAUUACUUCGAUUGAUGUGUGUGCUUUACAUCGUUGC